AUGGACGGUCAAAACGGAAGAAAUACUCCCGCAGGUGGUCUACAUCGUGAGUUAUCCCCUCCACAAGCUCCUCAUGGGUCCGCGGGACUUAAACAUCGGAUCAAAGUACCAGGAAGACCUGCGAUAGACGUAAUCGACCUCACGGGUGACAGCCCUCCGCAACGUCAUGCUGUCCCAGUCUCUCGCCGUUCCGUCCCUCCUCCACAACACGAAAUCAUCGAUGUGGAUGCGUUACCAGAUCGACCACCGCAUCCGCAACAUCGACUCGCCGACCUGCCACAAGAAGUGAGAAAUCAACUCAUUCUUGCAGCCCUCAGAGAAGAACCACCAUUUCACCAGCCCCAACGACAACAACGCCCACCACAAGAACUCUUCUUCGAAGACCGUCUCAUCAUGGGAAACCCGAAUGGUCAGGCGAGACAUCAGCAUAUCGCACAAGCCACCACGGCGAACGGGAACAGAAUCGGUGGAGGAAUCUUCAGGAAUGUUCAGCAUAGGGCUGCGGAGGGCCUCAUGAAUGCUCUUGCAAAUCUGGCAAGACCGACGGGGGAGUCGACCGGGCGACAUCAGUUUCGAGCGGCGAGACAGCAUCCGUAUGCUAUGCCGAAUUUGAACUACGGCAUGGCUACGACGGGGCUGUUGGGCGUUGAGGAACCCGUGAAUCCAUAUGCUGGGGAUUUCAAAUACCGUGCUCCACCACCGCCUCGCGAAGGAUUCACCAGGGCGCCGGUGGAGGACAAAUCUCUCAUAUGUGCAUCCUGCGAUAACGAGCUCCGAGGAUCGGGAGAACAGGAUCCCGGUAAUGCUGAAGGAAGAGGUGAAGGAAAGGGCGGAGUUUGGAUUGGGAGGUGUGGACAUGCGUAUUGUGGAGAUUGUGUGCAGAAGAUCAAGACGAAGAAGUUGCCGGGGACCUGUCCGGUUGAGGGGUGUACGAAGAGGCUUAACCAGAAGAGUGGUAUGUGGGAGGUUUACAUCUGA